AAUUCAAUGGCCUUGGUUAAGUUUUGUACUUGUUGACUAAAAUAAGAAAAUAAUCUGUUUUUUUUUUCUUUGAAGCCUAAUUUCGAUUGACAACGUGGUAACUGGCAUUGGUAGAAUAUUUCAAUUGGUUCAACCAAAACCGAAAUCGACAUCUCUCGGUUUGGUUCGGUUAGAUUUAAGGCGUGUAGAAUCUUCUAAAAACGCCGCGUUGAGUAGUUUUUAGGGUUUCUUCUGCUGUGUGGCUACCCACUGAAGUCUCCAGUGUUUUUCCUUUGUGGCUCUGGUUUGCCCUAUUCUCUCCUCUUGUUUUUCUUUUUUUCCCUCUUCUCCAAGGAAUCUGGAAAAAUAAAAAUUAAACCUUUUCUUCCUCUAAAUCCUAAAAAAAUCAGAAAUUUUCCUAUUAGCUUCAAAUCGAAGCUUUUUGAUUGAAUCAAAAACCUCUGCUUCGUCUCUCUACCGAGGAUUCUCGGGUAAAAAUACAGAAGAAGAAUCUUAAACAUGGUAGAGGCAGAGCGCCCGGAGAAUAUUUGGGUUGCUUCUGAAAUGUCGUCGUCGUCUUCGUCUCCGGCAGCUAUAGAAAGCCGUGAUUUUUCCAUCAUUGAUUCGGCUGAUGGAAUAAGAGAUGAUGAUGUGAGAAGAUUUGGUAUAGCUUCUCCUCCGCCUCAGUUGGACAAGGGUUCGUCGAAGAACGAUCUAGGAUUUACGGGAAGGGUUUUCUCAGCCGCCGGAGCUGCGGUUUUAUCCGCCGUUACUUUAAAUCCUCUCGACGUUGUCAAGACUCGAUUACAAGCUCAAGCCGCCGGGUUGUCUUACUCUCACCCACUCAGUAGCUCCAUUGGACGCAUGGCAUUUUUUGGACCAAACAUGAUGUUUGCAGACUUGAGAUGUUCUCCUUCAUGUUCACGGGCUGGUGUUCAAGGUACUGUUUCUAUUUGCCCGCCGGAUUGUUUUCAGUACAAAGGAACAUUUGAUGUCUUCACCAAGAUCAUACGACAGGAGGGACUGUCACGACUCUGGAGAGGGACUAAUGCUGGUCUUGCCGUAGCUGUUCCCAUGGUUGGGAUGUAUCUCCCAUUCUAUGAUUUGUUUCGCAACCGGUUGGAAAAAAUAUCUCGAGAGAAAGCUCCUGCUACGACAUGGUGUGUGCCUGUUGUGGCAGGGUCCUUAGCGCGGUCGUUAGCUUGUACAGUGUGCUAUCCAAUUGACCUUGCAAGAACGCGUAUGCAGGCAUUCAAAGAAGCAAAAAGUGGUAUGAAGCCUCCGGGAGUUCUUAAAACUCUAGUUGGUGUAGUCUCUGAAGUCAGGACGGCAAAUAACUUCGAAAGUAGUUUGCACAACUAUCGUGUUCUCUAUAGAGGCUUGGGUGCACAGCUUGCCCGUGAUGUUCCAUUUUCAGCAAUCUUGUGGGGGACCCUCGAGGCAAUGAGAAGAAGGCUUCUAGGAGUUGUGGGCAAUGAUACAAAUCUUCUUGGUGUUUUCGGUGCAAACUUUUCUACUGGUUUUGUAGCUGGAAGUAUCGCUGCUGCUGCUACUUGUCCUCUUGACGUUGCAAGAACAAGAAGACAGAUAGAGAAGGAUCCUGGUAGGGCGUUGAUAAUGACGACGCGACAGACACUAGUAGAGGUUUGGAGGGAUGGAGGGAUGAGAGGACUGUUCAUGGGAAUGGGUCCACGAGUGGCGCGUGCAGGACCAUCGGUAGGGAUAGUGGUUUCCUUCUACGAGGUGGUCAAGUAUGUUUUGCAUCACCACGCUUCAUCAUGACCCAACAAAGUCACAAAUCUCAUACACAUAACACAUGAAUGUGGAUACGGCUUUAGGUUGUAGUUUGUUUUUCUUUAAAUUAACAGAAUAAGUUAAACAGGCUCAGUCCUCCAAGCCCUUGUUUCAUAUGAGCCGGAAUUUUGUCCAGUUAUUAAUACCGGCUAUUUAAAAUGUUUAAUCCGGUUUAUGUCGGCGUGAUCGUUCAUCAGACUUAGGUUGGCUUAGUGUGAUUAGUGGAAGACAUAAGAUGAUGAUAGCAACAAUAUGAUCGUUUACUAAGGAAUGAGACCUUUUUCUGAUAAAAGAAUUGAGAAAUAGGAUUUGAUAUGUAAUUUUUGGCAA